UUGCGGAAGUGUUUUCAUUUCCGUGGGUUGUUUUUAAUAUUUCGCCCAGUUUCGUUGGUUCUUGUGAAUAUUUUUGUCACAUUGUUUUAGAAUACAUAACUAAUAAGUCCAUGCGUUGUACCGAGGAACGGCGUUAUUAAUUUCAUGGAAGUUGAAUGUUGUUGAUGUUAUCUCGACAAUGGCGACUGGCGUGAAAACCAUGACUGAGCCAGGCAAAUUGGUUAUUCCAACCAAUCAAGUGAGCUUUGUAUGUCAGCGAUGUUGUCAGCCUCUGCGAUUGGACUCGUCGUUUCAAUGUAUUGACUCGCAGACACUUCAAGAUUUACAAGACUUCCCUCAUGUUUACAUUGGAUGCAAUGAAAUCAAAUCUUGCUACCGAGUACCAACAUUUACAUUGCCCAAAAUGUGUUUUGUUUGGGUUACGAGUCAUUUGUUUGAUAUUAUGUCUGGAGAAGCAGAUAUCGACCAUCCACUUUGUGAGGUACGUAUAUUAGUAUUGUAUUGGAAAGAAUACACUGAAUAUAAAAGACAAUAUUUGGAAUUCCAUGAUGAACAGAGAAAUGUUGACAAUCAAUUAAAAUAUGCACAUGCUCCUGACAAACUAAAGAAAACUAAUGUAUUCAAUGCGACUUUCCAUAUAUGGCAUAGUGGACAUUUUGGAACUAUUAACAAUUUCCGAUUGGGAAGACUUCCCAGUGUUCCAGUUGAAUGGAGUGAAAUCAAUGCUGCAUGGGGUCAGACUGUAUUAUUACUUCACUCUUUAGCACAAAAAAUGAAUUUGCGGUUUCAAAGGUAUCAGUUGGUUCCAUAUGGAAAUCACUCAUUUCUGGAAUGUCUGAGUGACAAAUCUAAAGAGCUACCACUUUAUGGUUCUGGUGGAUUUCGAUUUUUCUGGGAUACAAAGUUUGAUCAUGCUAUGGUAGCCUUUCUUGACUGCUUACAGCAAUUCAAAGAAGAGGUUGAAAGAGGUGACACAGGGUUCUGUUUACCAUAUAGAAUGCAUAAUGGUAGAAUUGAAGAUGCUGCAUCAGGCACUUCAUAUUCUAUAAAAAUCCAGUUCAACUCUGAAGAACAGUGGACCAAAGCAUUGAAGUUCAUGCUGACUAAUUUAAAGUGGGGACUUGCAUGGGUAUCUUCACAAUUUACAAAAUAAAAUGGUUUACUUGUUUGUUUUUUUGAAAUUGAAACUAUAUUCUUUUGAACUAAUAAUAUUUAGCUUGCCAAAAUGGAUGUGUAAAUUGUGCAGUAUUUAUUUAAC